GAGGUGCGCCAUGCUGUGGAGCGCGGCGGCUCUGCGGAGAAGCAGCCUCCUCUGCGGCCGGGGCGGCGGGAGGGGGCUGUGGACUGGCCGCCCGCAGUCAGAUACUGAUAAUGUAAAGCCAUUGGCGGGUGUAAAAAUCCUGGAUCUAACAAGAGUACUGGCGGGACCUUUUGCUACUAUGAAUUUGGGAGAUCUUGGAGCAGAAGUUAUUAAAGUAGAAAGACCAGGAGUUGGUGAUGACACACGAAGUUGGGGGCCACCUUUUGCGGGCACAGAAAGCACAUACUUUCUCAGUGUUAACCGAAAUAAGAAAAGUAUAGCUGUUAAUAUGAAGGAUCCAAAGGGGGUGAAAAUCAUCAAAGAGCUUGCAGCUGUUUGUGAUGUAUUUGUGGAAAACUAUGUCCCUGGCAAACUGUCUGCCAUAGGUCUGGGAUAUGAAGAUGUAGACAAGGUUGCUCCUCACAUCAUCUAUUGCUCCAUCACAGGUUAUGGUCACACAGGUCCCAUGUCACAGCGAGCUGGUUAUGAUUCUGUUGCCGCUGCUAUUUCUGGUCUGAUGAACAUCACAGGGCCUGAGGAUGGAGAUCCAGUUCGCCCAGGAGUGGCCAUGACUGAUCUUGCCACUGGCCUGUAUGCAUAUGGAGCCAUUAUGGCCGGACUGAUCCAAAGAUGUAAAACUGGAAAAGGACUGUUCAUUGACUGCAACCUACUGUCAUCCCAGGUGGCAUGUUUGACUCAGAUAGCUGCCAACUAUCUUAUUGACCAAAAGGAAGGGAAACGUUGGGGCACAGCUCAUGGAAGUAUUGUUCCUUACCAGGCUUUUAAAACCAAGGAUGGCUAUCUUGUGGUUGGAGCAGGAAAUAACAAACAGUUUGUGACUGUGUGUAAGGUUUUAAACUUGCCUGAGUUGAUUGAUGAUUCCAAGUAUAAAACCAACCAUCUUCGGGUACAGAAUAGAAAGGAGCUUAUUAAAAUACUGUCUGCACGGUUUGAAGAAGAAACGACUGCCACGUGGUUGUGUCUCUUUGAAGGCUGUGGAAUCCCUUAUGGCCCAAUCAACAACAUGAAGGGUGUAUUUGCAGAACCCCAGAAAAUAAUAGCUUGGCUCUUGUAAGCCUCAGAUGAUAGCAUGGACCGAGGAGGUGGAGCUGAAGAGUCAUGACAUGCUUGAUAUUUCUGGAUGAAGGUCAGCGAAAGGUUCUCCGUGGAGCCCCUCCGCUGGAAGAAGUCCUUUGAUACGGAAUUGUACAGCCUUUUUCUUUCCUACAGGAGUGCAAUAGGAAAACAUUUUCCUUCUGGUGUCAUACAGUUCCUGUUGGUCAAGAUCUCCAGCUCGUUUUUUCUUCUCUUGUACUUUCUCCUGGAAUCAAGUAGAUGAGAAAGCCGGACUUAAUGACUAAUUCCAAGUUCACUGCCAAGACCAGAAAUAUAGUAUCAUGUAAAAUGUGCCCCUACCUGAAAACUUCAUGACAUUAAAUGCUGUUAGAUCUUGGCUUAGUUGUUAAAAGAAUUUAAGACAAAGGAAGGAAAAUAAUUUUAUGAAAGUAAGAGCUGGUCCAUGUGUUCAGGUUUUAACAGAUCGUACCACAGGCUGAAAAGAGAUUAAAUUUACCUUUCUUACUUCCCUCCUUUCCUUCCUCCCCUCCCUUCCCGUCACCUCCCCUCCCCCACUUCCUUUCCCUUCCCUUCCCUUCUUCACCCUCCCUUCCACUAUUUGAUUUUUAUGGGAAAACAGAGAAUAAAUUUAUUAACCAUGUGUAUUUUCUUUUAAACUUCUGCCUCAGAGAUACCCAGAGAACUAUAUCACUAGAAUAAAGAUAACUAGAAGUGGGGUUGAGGCAUACAUUUACUAAGGGAUUAUUACUUCUUCCGUGGCCUAGAAAUAUGUUUGUGGGAUUGUCUUAACUUGAUCAAAUACAUUCAACCAUGUGUACUUCUAAAACUAGACUUUUAUAUAUUAGCAAUCACAUGAAUCUCAAAAUUUGGGAAAUUAAUCUUCAAGACACCAUUUAAAAUCUUUCAAUUUUGACAGUAGGAUUUGUAUUUGGAAUUUAACCUGGCCUUUUCCCCCAGGGUAGUUCAGACUCAGAUGUAGUUAUCACUAUAUGUAGCAGACCUAUCAUAAGGCCUGUUUGAACUACUGGAAACUCACUUUAACCUGUGUGGAGUAUCUUCAAAGUUCAUCCAGUGCCGAAGUUAUUUAAUGUUUUAUUAUAAAUAAAUUAUCUGAUGUAAAAUGUGUUAUUCUCAUAAAUUGGCUUUUUCUAUGAUGAAGAAAGUGAAUUAAAUUAAAACAGGCUUAUUUCAAAGUAAUGUGCCUAUUUUUCCAUUAUAUGUUUGCAAAGUUAAUAAAGUAAUUGAUAUUGUGAAGACUUUGCCAGAAGUCAGGGCUUUUCCAUGGCUCACAAUUAAACCAAGAUGUCCAAAAAGCUUGCUUAAUGUAUUAUUUAUUGAGCACUGAUGGAAGUUCAGUGUAGUAUAUGACAACAAAGUCAACCCAGUGCAUUCACAGUUUGAAUAAGAGCCUCUGAAUAUUGUUUAUCAUUGAUGUUAAAGUUUUAAAUUUAUAGGACAAAGAACCAUCCUGAGGGAUUUAUGCUCUCACAUACUCAUAUGAUGGAUGAGAAAUCAGAGGUUUAGAGAAAGGAAGUGACCGACUUUAUUCUUUUUUGUCCACAUUCUGUAGUGUUUUUCUGGCUGGAUGCUUAACCUCUGACCUUCCCCAACUACGGUCCAAUCUGCAUACCACAAUAUCAUUAACCAUCUUUAAAUGUGACUCUUACCCUUCUAUAUGGGUCAAAUUUCUCUAGAGAAACAAAUCAAUAAGAUAUAGAUACAUAUCUAGCUAUCAGAUAUAUUAUAUAUCAUUCUGUACAAUAAAUC